ACAAGGGAUUUUGCAUGUGAAACAUUUUUUAACUAAUGACACUGAAUAUCAUACGAUCGGCUUCCAAACAAACAUCUAAACUUUGGAAUAUUGGACUUGGACGUGUGUUUGUGUCCAAAUCAUCCAUUAUGUCAGGACAGUCCAGGAAUUCCUGGAUAAAGAAAGAUGACCCAAAACUUGUGUCUGGGAAGCAAAAAGAUAUUUUUGAGGACAUCCUCGAAGACCGUCGUCACUCCAGUGAUGCCAAAUGGGCAUGGCACGCUCGAGAUGUUCCUCUUUAUAAAGAAAACAAACCAAGAUCACCUGAAGAGAUCAAGAAACAUGUACUACACAGUGAUAGAGUCAAGUAUGCCAUAGAACAGGUUUGUGAAGAGAGUGGCUUGCCAAUGGAAGAGAUUCACAAACAGACUCUGGAGAUCCUAAACGAAAUGGCCCACAACCUCAGCAUAAAUGCUAUUCGGGGUUUUGCAGUGUUUCUGGUCAAAGUUAUGAAGGCCCUUUUCAGAAGAAUUUAUGUCAACGAGGAAGGUGUACAAAAGGUUCACAGCAUGAUUAAGGAGUACCCAGUGUUAGUGAUGCCCACACACAGAAGUUACUUUGAUUUUCUGCUGGUCUCAUUUGUUUUCUUCGCCUACGAGUUGCCCCUCCCAGUUAUUGCUGCUGCCAUGGACUUCAGCAGUAUGAAAUUCUUUGGUUGGCUGUUGAGGAAUUGUGGUGCCUUCUACAUUCGGAGGAGCUUUGGAGAUGACCAGCUUUACUGGGCUGUGUUCACAGAGUACGUACAAACACAGAUCUGUCAUGGUGACCAUCCUAUUGAAUUCUACGUGGAGGGAACCCGAAGUCGAACACUCAAAUCCUACUCUCCAAAAUUUGGUAUGUUGUCGGCAUCACUUGAGCCCUACUUUAAGGCCCACAUCCCAGAUAUCAUGGUGUUUCCUGUCAGUAUUAGUUAUGACAAGGUUUUGGAGGAGACAUUGUAUGCCUAUGAACUGCUGGGAGUCCCUAAACCUAAAGAAUCCACAGGGGCAUUAUUAAAGGCAAGGAACAUUUUGAAUGAGGAUUUUGGAAAUGUUCACAUGUACUUUGGAGAACCAAUUUCAAUAAGGCAGUACACAACAGGAAAGGUGGAUAGGAGUGUUCACAGUUUAGCUCCUAGAUACAUAGCUAGUUUGUCUAAAGAAGAAACAAACCUCCUCCAAACCCUUGGAUACGAUGUUGUCAUGAAGCACCUGUCUAACAUGGUUAUCUCCCCUUGGUCUCUGAUUGCUGCUGUAUUGGUUCAGAAUAAAGAGGGCAUUACAGUCAAACAGCUGACUAAAGAAGUGGAGUGGAUCAAGAGACAGGCCUUUAAUUUAGGGGCAAAUAUUGACUGGCCAGGUAAUGAGACAGCUGAUGACAUCAUCAGAAGUGCACUUGAUCUUCAUAAAAACUUUGUACGAGUGAGCGAAGACGACGUAAUAGAACUGGUUUCUGUGGUAGCACCUCACCAGAAGGGGACUCAGGAUGAGUUGAUGCAGUCCGCGGCUCAGCAUCUUGUCCUCACUCUGUACAGGAAUCAACUCAUGCAUGUCUUUGUUAGGAUUGCAAUGGUCACCAUCAGUAUUAAUGCCUGUCCAAAUGACACCCUGUCAUUAGAGGAACUUUUUACCAAAUACUCCUUCUUAGAGCAGCUCCUGAAUAGAGAUUUUAUUUUUAGACCUGGUAGUACUAAACAGGACUUCGAAAAUGCUGUGUUGACCUUGACUCAUAAUUGCGGCGUCAUAAUAAAAGAUCACCUAGUCCAGAUAAAGAGAUCCCAGAAUAAAUACACCACUUUUUUCAGUCAGAUGUUUGAGCCAUUUCUUCUUGGAUACUGGAUUCUCUGUCGAUGCAUAUUAUCAACACAAAUAGAUGUUCAUAAUAAACCAAUAGCCAAGCCACCCAAAACAAUAUCCCGGGAGGCCCAGACGCUGGGGGCGCGAUUACUAAGGGAGCGGUGUGUCCGGAAUCUAGAAGUUCUCUCUUUGGACUUACUGGGAAAUGGGCUUCAUGCUCUAGUUCACAUGGGAGCAGUCAGGAAAGAGAAAAGAGAUGGACAAACAUACAUGUUCCCAAACACAAUUGUUUUGACCAGUGUGUGUUCUCAGCUAGAACAGUUUUUUGAAGUUCCACAGAUUCCAACAACUAGUAUCAAUGUAGAGUCCAAAACAGUUGUCAUCACUGCCAAACUGUGAUUGGAAUAUUCAAUACUGUCAAAAUGUGGUAGAAAUAUCCACUUUUGACAAACUGUGACAGAAAUACAUAUAUCUAGUACUGUCAAACUCCAACAGAAAUACUACUGUCAAACUGACAGAAAUUGAAGUACAUGUACACUGAAAAUCUGUGAUAAAAAUAUUUGUCUUUGACGAACUGUCUGAGA